AUGGAAAUCCACAGGUGCACUGUGGUGCACAGCUGCUUAAUCUCUCUUCUCCUUUUCCUGUUCCACUCAGAGACAGGCUGCCAUCCCUCCAGGAAGAGACCCUGCAAGAUGCAAGCUUUCAGAAUCUGGGAUGUCAACCAGAAGAUUUUCUACCUGAGGAAUGACCAACUAGUCGCUGGAUAUUUGCAAGGCCCGAAUACUAAACUGGAAGAGAAGCUAGACGUGGUGCCCAUUGAGCCACACGCUGUGUUCCUGGGGAUCCACGGAGGGAAGCUGUGCCUGGCUUGUGUCAAGUCUGGUGAUGAGAUCAGGCUCCAGUUGGAGAAAGUUAACAUCACUGACCUGAGUGAGAACAAGGAGCAGGACAAGCGCUUCACCUUCAUCCGCUCAGACAGUGGCCCCACCACCAGCUUCGAGUCGGCUGCCUGCCCCGGCUGGUACCUCUGCACCGCCCUGGAGGCCGACCGUCCCGUCAGCCUCACCAACACUCCUGAGGAGUCUGUCAUGGUCACCAAGUUCUACUUCCAGCAGGACUAGUCUGCGGUCGUGCCCCUUCUCCAUUCACAGCCCAUCGAUGACUCCAGAUACUGCCUUUUCACCCCUGCCGGGUGUCUCCUGCUCUCUCCUGGGCUCUGAGGAUCAGCUUUGGGACAGCGGACACUCAGGAGGCAGUACAGAGCCCUAGAAACAGGACUCUGUCUCCAGCCUUCUUGUUAGCCCAGCUCCACGCCGUCUCCACAAUGGCUAUCUAAAGUGCAAACUGAAUCAUGGUGCUGCUCAAAAGGUUUUGCUGCCACCUGUACCUUCCAGAUGAAAUCCAAGCUUCCAGGCUUCCCCCCUCCCCCCAGGUCCCUGCUUCAGGACCCUAGGCUUCUUGCUGACCUCUUGCCAAGUGACUCCCAGACCUUACUUUGCAAACAGAUGCUGCUCCCUGGGGAAGUUUUUAGAAUCUGUGGCAAACUAUACAAAUACGGUUUUCACAAUAUUUUACAAAUGAAGCCAACUUUAUUCAUUUGAAGCAAAGUCCUUUAUUUGGAGGUCAUAUCCUUUCUGGAAAGGAAUGAAAGAGGAAAAUAUUACUGUGUUUGUGAACUGAUCGUAAAACUACUUCUCCCUUUUUGAUUUUUAUUGCUAUAGUGGCCAAACCUGUAAAAAUUAAGUUGGCUGUUUUGUUGGUCCACUAUUUUUUUUCCCUCCAAAAUAUUCCUGUCAGGCUGGCCCCAUGGUCCAGUUCCCAAGUGCCAUCACUACCCCAUCCCUUUCACGUUGCUGGCAGGUCUCUCUCCAAUGGCCUCCCAUGAGAAGUUCCUGCAUCCCAAGGCAUGGCACAGAUGUGGCCCCAGAGACUUUUCUCCUCUCCUUCAGGAGGGAUGAGUUGCUCCUUGACUUUUUAAGCACUUCUGAUACUCUGAAUAUUUGCUUGUCUCUGUCCUUCUGUCUCCUGUAUCAGACCCUGAGCUGCUGAGAGCAGGCAGCAUAAGGGUCUAAGUUUCCUGCUGGGCUGAGCACGUGGCUUGGCCUCAGCAGGUACUCAGUGAAUGUCUGUUCUCUGUGUUGAAUGGGAGGUUUCCUCCCACUGUGACUUAAGCUCUGUUUUACAAUAAAACUUUAA